AUGUCCGGUGACGAAAAAAUCCGCAUCUCCGGCGAGACGCCGCGAGCCACCACGCCCGUUCUCCCUACGGUCAACCCCGGCCUCCAGAAGCCCAAGGGUUACUCUGGCAUUCACCCGUCCCUCUACGUGAUUUGCUGGAUUGGUUUCAGUUCUUCCGUUAUUCUGUUCAACAAAUGGCUUCUCGAUACCCUCAACUUCCGCUACCCGGUCAUUCUGACGACCUACCACUUGACCUUUGCGACGAUUGUCACCCAGAUCAUGGCUCGAUGCACCACCCUCCUUGAUGGCCGAAAGACGGUUAAGAUGACUGGUCGUGUCUACCUGCGCGCCAUCGUUCCCAUCGGUGUCUUCUUCAGCUUGAGUUUGAUCUGCGGAAACCUGACCUACCUCUACCUCUCGGUCGCUUUUAUCCAGAUGCUCAAGGCCACCACACCCGUUGCUGUCCUCAUCUCCGGCUGGGCCCUGGGUGUUACGCAGCCCAACCUGAAGCAGUUCCUCAAUGUCUCAGCUAUUGUCGUCGGUGUCAUCAUUGCCUCGAUUGGAGAAAUCCAUUUCGUCGUAAUUGGCGUCUUGUACCAGAUUGGUGGAGUGGUCUUCGAGGCUCUGCGACUCACCAUGGUCCAGCGUCUCCUGAGCUCCGCUGACUACAAGAUGGACCCCCUGGUCUCUCUGUACUACUUCGCGCCCAUCUGCGCUGUCAUGAACGGUGUCGUUGCCCUCAUCUGGGAGGUUCCCCGAUGCUCCAUGGCGGAGGUCUACAACGUCGGUCUGAUCACUUUCUUCCUCAACGGUCUCUGUGCCUUCAUGCUCAACGUCUCCGUUGUCUUCCUUAUUGGCAAGACCUCCGCUGUUGUCCUGACCCUUUGCGGUGUCCUCAAGGAUAUCAUGCUGGUUGCGGCCUCUAUGGCCAUUUGGGGCACCCAGGUCACCCCCCUCCAGUUCUUCGGUUACUCCAUUGCUCUUGGUGGCAUGGUCUACUACAAGCUCGGCUACGAGCAGCUGAAGGGCCACAUUAUGGAUGCCAACCGACAGUGGGCUGAGUUCGGUGCUCGCAAGCCCGUUCUUCGCAAGCUGACUAUUAUUGUCGCUACUGCGUUCCUGAUCUUCACCCUGUUUGGUGGACUGGCUCCCAGCUACGCUCCCGAGUAUGACCCCUCCAAAAUCCACAACGAAGUUGCCAAUCGAUUCGGAAUUAACAAAGACUCGCAGAAUUCAUAGCCCUUAAAUACUGCGGCAUCGAUGAAAUCUGAAUGACUUCAGAUACGCCCCCGAGGCGUUGUCUCUACUAGGCGAACGGGGAUCUAGGGACGUUCUUUUUCUUUAUCAAAACCUUGGACCGCUUGUUUGCGUGCAUAUUUUACGUUGACUAGCCGCACUUUCUGAUGGAUUGGAGACUUUGAGGCAUUCUGCUUGACGGAAGGAUGGAGGAUAACGACUGUAAAGCCAUAAGAGCUGGUUCGCAGUGCGCGAAGGUCCGGGGUGCAUGCAAGGACCUGCAUCACGAUGGUCUAAUCUGAUGGUGUACUUUAGAAGGCGUUUGGCCAUAGACAUGUAGAAACGAAAUGGGCAAAACAACGAACAACCCAGCGUGUGUCACAUGAAUACAUUUAGGAUUCAUUCAUGAAAUUUGCAUUGGAGUGAGUAGACAUUGUGUCAUAAGCCCCCAAGGUCUAUCUUCCGACCGCUGGAGAAACACCCGCAAA